CUCGUGCAAUAGGGAGAGGGAGGUUACGGGUUAGGUUAGUUUAUUUGCUAGGCUAUUAGCCUACAGCUCGGUUGUGAUCAGUGUCCGAGCCGGGUCAGUCGGUGUUGCGCGCGGGUGCCUGGUGCGUGCGUUGCAGCGGGACCGUCGGUCUGCGCUGAAUUAUCGCUGCGCCUCUAUCGCUAUCCCCUGACAGCACGACAGAACCUUUGUCCGACAGAGCGGCGGACCCAUCUUGAUAUAGAGCGACGGCUUGAUCAAGGAAAGCAGGCGAGAGUGACCAAGCAGGUUGUGCACCUCAAGCGACCACAGACUCUACUUCACUUAACGUUAAAAGCAGUGCCAAUAUAAAGGACCGGGAGCUUUUUAAUGAAUCACAGCUCAGGCUCGGUUGUUUUUUCUUUUUCUUUUUUUGUAUCCUCCUUUCACUAAGCAUGUGAAACCAGGAUUAGCUGCGAUGGAUUGUAGCCUAAUGCUGCUGGUGCUAUAAUAUAGGCUACGAAAUGUAUAGCUACUGUGGUGCAGAAGAAUAGCUACAAUACUAGUGCCUAAGGACAGUCGGUUUGCCUUGAACACAGGUGUUUCUGAAAAUAUCUAGACGCAUAGCUCAACCCGAAACGGACGAAGAAGUGAAGCGAAUAUCUCCACCACAAAUACACGAACCGGCUGCUUUUAAUCGUUUUUCUGCCUGACUCUCAUUUCAUUCCGGCAUCACACUCAGUCGAAGGAAGCUGAAGGUUGUUCGAAAAAAUUAUCUCCGUGGCAACCACAAGUCUGCGUCUGAUCCCGAGGUAGACAUUAGAUUUGGACAAUUUUCUAUUUUGUUAUUGCUGCUAUUAUCCUAAAGGAAAAGUGAUCCGAUAGUAUUCUCUGUUGCAAGAUCUAUUAUGAUUUUCUGGACAUUAUAAAUGAUAAUGCAGUAGCCUAGCCAAUGACUUGAUUCCCAUCAUUAAUUAUUUAUGACCGUAAGUUUCCUUUCAGUGUUAAUCUUGUGCUCAGUAACAGAGCCAUAGCGGGCGCGUACGAGUGUGUUAGCGGUGACCCUGUCUGUCAGACCGCUAGACAGACGUAGCUUGCUGGCUAUAUAAAUACAGCUAACAUAUAAAGGGAGGGAACUGUUGGAUCGAACAUUUUAUGGGCAGCGAACAGGUAGUGUUCAUUGUGUACAAUUCAGACAGAUGCUCCGAGUAGUUGAGUUGGCUAUGACUGAUUCACACUGACCGUUCGACAGGUGGACCAGGAAAGACUGCACAAACCGCGUCUUGUAGGGAAAGGUUUGUUGACGUUUUAAGUGCUGUCAUACAUAACAAACUUGGUGUCAUUCUCGGACAAAUAUAAAUCUAUAAAAACUAAAUUAUGGUACCUGGGACUCCCGCAGCCAUGCUGCCAGCAUCGGAAGCUGCUAAGAUUUACCAGACCAACUACGUCCGGAACUCCCGGGCCAUCGGUGUUCUGUGGGCCAUUUUCACUAUCCUCUUCGCUAUAGUCAAUGUGGUGUGCUUCAUCCAGCCGUACUGGAUCGGAGACGGCGUGGACACGCCGCAGGCUGGCUACUUUGGCCUCUUCCACUACUGCAUCGGCAACGGGCUGUCUCGGGACCUGAAGUGUCAGGGCAGCUUCACGGAGUUCAGCUCCAUCCCCUCCGGCGCCUUCAAGGCCGCAUCCUUCUUCAUCGGCAUGUCAAUGGUUCUGGUUAUCACCUGCAUCGUCUGCUUCGCACUCUUCUUCUUCUGUAGCACGGCCACGGUCUACAAGAUCUGCGGCUGGAUGCAGCUAGCAUCUGGCACGUGCCUGGUCCUGGGCUGCAUGAUCUUCCCGGACGGCUGGGACUCAGACGAGGUGAAGCGCAUGUGCGGGGAGCAGACGGAUAAGUACACGCUGGGCGCCUGCUCUGUGCGCUGGGCCUACAUCCUGGCCAUCAUGGGCAUCCUGGACGCCCUCAUCCUCUCCUUCCUGGCCUUCGUCCUGGGCAACCGGCAGGACGGGCUAAUGGCCGAGGAGCUGCUGGGAGACAGCAAGGAGAGUGGGAAUGCCUAAUGCACAGACUGGUCUUGCAGCUGCCCAGUAGGGGGCAGUCUCAUUGUAUCUUCAUGGUCCAGCUUAUAGCCCACCAUCCUGAGGGUGAGGGGCCAGGUUGCAGCUGUGGGGGGAGACAGAAGGAGUGACAGAAGCAGAGAGUCUCCUCGCAGCAUCCACCCCUCCCAUCUCCAAUUGUGAAGACCCCCCCCCCAGUCCCCACUCAUUGCUGCCAUUCUCUUCAAAAGACUAUUUCUACAAGUUGAACGUGGACUGGUAUCAGCAAGAUCACUGACUCAUGAUUGGCUUAAAUACCACAUUACAAACAACUCACUUUCCAUACCCAGAGAUUUGACUGUGGAUAUAUAAUUUGGCACAAUAUCAGUCAGCCUUUCUCACACACACACAGACACACACACACACAUACAUGCUUACAGUCACUCUACAGACUGUGACCUUUGGGUUAUGUAUAAUAACAAAACAUACUAUAUUACAUUCAGAAACAAUAAGCAUAUGAAUACGAUGUUUCUUGGUCCAGAGUCAUGUUUUAGUUAGUUAACAGAAAAUGUCCUCUUGUAAAGUGGGUGUCAGUUCAUCUUUUUUGUUGUCUUUUGGUCCUGUCCACUCGGUCAGAACUGGGGGGGUUAUACAUCCCCUCUCCUGCAGCUGACUGAUGCACUGCGCCUUCGAUUUUCAGAGCGGAACUUUUUCCGGAUUGGGUAACACCGGUUCCGCUCCACACAGGACUUGUGGAAGCAGGAGCUGAGAUCUUGGCUCGGGAUCUGUGCGGCCAGAAAACCUACGCAGAUGGAUAUCAGCAUGAACUGUCAUGCCUCAUACGUUGCCUCUCCGAAAACUGCCUGUGUAUUUAUUUGGGGUCUGGUGAGGGAGGGAGCUCGUAUUUGGAUACUAUGAUCUGAUUGGCCCCCUCCCUGUUUGUGCUGGGAAAGCGGACUUUGGAAGAUGGUGGUUCACAGCUCUGAACAGCUCUCCCCAUUGCACCCCACAGGAGCAAUCCUGAUGUACAGUAGAUAUACAUAUAUAUUUAAUGUAAAUUUAGCUGAUUUUUCAGCAGCCACUGAUACUUUGAAAGGCCAUACGCAGGAACCACCAUAAAGUAUUUUACUUGUUUUAAAUCUAUUCCUAAUCUAAUCUGUUGCACACAUUUUCAUAGCCACAUUUACUGUCUUUAUGAAUUAUUUCCAUAAUGCAUUGUAUUAUGAAGACAUCAGUAUAUAUACAUGUGCCAUGCUGUAUAAAACAGUCAGUAUUAUAGCACCUAAGGUAUUUUUCAUUGGUUCCUCUGUAUGGUAGGGGUUGGAUACAGAAGCCAGGGAUCGAUAUAUCCAUAUAUAACAGUACAACUUUGUCCUAAUAUCGGUCCACUGAAAACAUUCUGCCAGAUUUGCUUCGGACAAUGUGGAUAAGCAAGAAUUUCCACCUCUUCCUCGCUGUAACUUGUGUUUGGACUCAAAACGGGCUGCUUAUAUUAUACCUGUUUAUCCCGGUCUUGUCUUUUCUCCCUGUAAGUAUUCUGCAUUUCUUAAAAAAAUAAUGGAGAGACACACAUGGUCAAUACCUGAAUGAGGUCACCAAUAUGAAUACUAAAAUUACCUUUGGAGAA